UCGCUGACAACCAGUAAAAAAAUAUGGAUUAUAAAAUUAAAAUUAAAACUGAUCCCCAGUUUUUGGAUUUGUUUGAGAAAAUUGAAAAGUCCAAGGUUGAUAUUCCCGCUCAUAUCAUUGAAUGUUUUUCUGUUAAAAUGUUAGAYCUAGAAGCUUUCAAGUGGUUUAGUGAAAAUUUGAAAAAAAUUGAUGGUCCUCCUUUACACACAUUAAUCACUGAAGAAAGUAUAGUUUUACCUAGUCCGCCAAUUAUCGAGUCAAGUCCAGAGUACAAAGAAAAAAUUAGAAAAUUGGAACAACGUCUAAAGAAUAAAGAAUAUGAUGCUAUGACAAAAAAUGUAGAUUUCCGAAGAGUUAAACUACCCGAAGACACAAUUUCUUAUCAAAUUAAACAAAUCAAUAGGCAGUUGAUAGCAGUUCUCCAAUUUGUGAUUUCUACAGCUGCUGGUUUUUUAUUUGGGUUUUUGGGUAUUGAGUUGAUGCUAAGUACAACUUUUGAUUUGGGUUUUAAGUUAUUGUUGGGAAUCAUAUUUGCUCUAAUUAUAGCAUUAGCCGAAAUUUACUUUUUAGCCAAAAAAUUAUCUGAAGACUUUGAGCCAUUAGAUACAACUGGCGGAAAAGUUCAUCAAGAUUAAUCUUGUUGUUAAUUUAUCUUACUAUUUCUAUUUGCCUUAAAUUAUAAAUAUUAUAAAAAGUAUGUUUAAAUUUAAAACUAUUAAAUAAAAAUUGUUUAUAUUUUUAUC